UUUUAUCCCAGAUCCGCCAUUUCAGUUUUUUUUUUCCUGGAGUUUCUUGGGAGAACUUCUGAGAUUUGAAUCGGAAAACUUUGGGGUAAAUCUUUGGCGAGACUGGCCGAAUUGCCCGUUUUUGUGUCGGCGGAGGAUCUGGCCCUUCGGAUCUGGUGUUUUUUUCCGGGCAGCGCGGCGCGGAUGUCGUGCAUUUUCUGAAGCGGAUUCGCCUCAAGUUAAAGUUUUUUGUAUGAGUUGGCUCCUGCUUGCGGACAAGGAGAGGUGAAGGGUAGGCCCCGAGAUAGCCGCGGUGUAGUAGUGGCAGCCAUGGCCGGGAAUUUUGACUCCGAGGACCGGGUGAGCUGGUACUGGGGGAGGCUGAGCCGGCAGGAGGCGGUGUCCCUGCUGCAGGGGCAGAGGCACGGCGUGUUCCUGGUGAGGGACUCGAUCACCAGCCCUGGGGACUACGUGCUGUCCGUCUCGGAGAAUUCAAAAGUCUCCCACUAUAUCAUCAACAGCAUCAGCUGCAACAACAGACAGUCGGGCACAGGAUUAAAUCCACCGCGUUUCCGCAUCGGAGACCAGGAGUUCGACGCCCUCCCGGCUCUCCUAGAGUUCUACAAAAUCCACUACCUGGACACCACCACCUUGAUAGAGCCCAUUUCCAAGGCCAAGCACUCUAACUUUGUGGGCCGGGCGGCCGGGGCGCCCGUGAUCGGCCAGCGGCAGGAGGAGGCGGAGUACGUGCGCGCCCUCUUCGACUUCCCGGGAAACGACGACGAGGACCUGCCCUUCCGCAAGGGCGAUGUGCUGCGCAUCCUGGAGAAGCCGGAGGAGCAGUGGUGGAACGCCCAGAACUCGGAGGGCAAGGCCGGGAUGAUCCCUGUGCCCUACGUGGAGAAAUACCGGCCCUCGUCCCCGACUAGCGGAGGUAACCAGGAGUGUCCCAACGCCCCUCCGGCCCUGCUGGGAGGCCAGGAGCCCGGGCAAUAUGCCCAGCCCAGUGUCAACACUCCGCUGCCCAACCUCCAGAACGGGCCCGUUUAUGCCAGGGCUAUCCAGAAGAGGGUGCCCAAUGCCUACGACAAGACGGCCUUGGCUUUGGAGGUACAGAAUCAAAAACGAAAUUCAACCCCCCCUCCCCUCUCUCCCCCCCAAAAAAUAAUCGGUAAACGAUCGAAGGAUGGAAGGGGGGCUCCUUUCUGUCUUCUCUUGCUUCGCUCCUCUUCGGCGGGAGCUCGGGGGGCGCUGCCUCCUGUCCGCUUGCCUCUGCUCCUGCCCUUCCUGGGGCUCCCCGCGCCGUCGCUCUGGGGCCUGGGGUUCUGUCUGACGGCUGAAGCGUCUGGCCUGGCGUUGCGAUCCGGGACGACCGCCAAGUUUUGACGCGAUUGAGGUCGGGGGGUGGGGUUUUCAUUUUUCCAGCAUGUUCACCUGAGCAAGUGUGCGCCGUUUCUUCUGCCCUCCGCAGAUCCAGGCAGACGCUGAGCCCGCGGCCAGCGAGGUCUUCAUACCAUCACAGCAGAAGCCCUUGGUGGCAGAUCUGCUCCUUAGAAUCCUGCAGGGGCAUAGCAGUGGGAUCCGCUUCAGUCAUUCCUCGCUGAUGCCCAGGUGCCCAGUGUUACAGACUUGUGACCUCACCUUGAGUCGAGAUAAUAGUCGGACGUGCAAAGUUUAAAAACCGUGCAACGUUUAGAAAGUCCAUUUCUGUUUUGUCGACAUGGUUUUGCUUGAGCCCUCAGAUGUGUGUGACCUGCUUUGUGGUGGAGGUCUGGUUUGUUUCUGUAAGAAUCGAAAGAACUGUAUAGUUCCCUGCAGUGCUCGUACUCCUCAGGGUGCAGGAAAUGUCAGUCUUCUAGUUUUGGCUGACAGUGUCGCAGAAGCCCUGCGGAAAAUUUGAUUGUGAACCUAGACUAAGAUGGGCUCCAGAAGAGCCUUACUCCAAGGCACAGUCUUAUCAGUGUCGGAGCAGGGCUGUCGCUCCAGCGGUAGAUGAACCUUUCAGCCUGCCUCGGCUUCGUUAGCCGGUCGCGCUGGGCAUGGUCUGCGUUAGAAACUUGAAUGCGAGCAAGAAAAGUGUAAAUAUAACUGGGUCUACCCUUGGGUAUCAAUAUAGGAUGAGAGAUAAGAUCACUUUAUUGGCCAUAUACAAUUUCUCGCAUCGGG